UUCUUCUUUCCCUUUCCUUAAAAACCUCAGAAAACCCAACAUACUCUUUCUCCCGCCUCUCUUUACCCUGCAACUUAAUUUCACACUCCCUACCACCGCCGUCGCCACCGUCACCACCGUCACCGUCACCGCCACCGUCACCUCCACCGUCACUGUCACCGUUACCGUUACCGUUACCUCCGGUGAUAAUGGCGGUUGAGCCACUAGGAUACAGAGUGAGUGAGCUGAUAAAGGAGGUGAAAUUAGAGCUUUCACCUUCAGCUACUAAACUCAUUGAUAAAACUAUUUCUUCGAUUAAAAAUGUCAUCUCCAAUAUUCCUCAAGAUUUCCAGGUAACUGCGGAUGAAGCUCCAGGAUUUGUGAGAGAUAUUGGUGCUGAUAAGGUGGAUUUCAAAUUCAAGACGCCGAAAUUCGUCGAAAUUGGUGGAAGUUAUUCGAUUGGUUGCAUUGUUAAACCGGAUGUUAAUGUUGAUCUUUUAAUGCAGUUGCCUAAGGAAUGUUUUCAUGAGAAAGACUACUUAAAUCAUCGGUAUCAUGCUAAAAGAUUCCUCUAUCUUUGUAUUAUUAAGAAAUACCUAGAGUCUUCUGCACUGGUACACGAGAUUAAAUGGUCCUGUCUGCAGAACGAGGCUCGUAAACCAAUUUUGGCCAUAUAUCCAGCUCUUGAAGAUGCCAGUCUUCCUGGAUUUUGUAUAAGAAUAAUUCCUACUGCUACGUCAUUAUUCAGCAUCCCUAAGCUGAAUGCAAAGCGGAAUAAUGUGCGGGCACUGAAUCAAGAAGGUGGUCCAUUACCCACACCCAAAUAUAAUAGCAGCAUUUUGGAAGACAUGUUCAUUAAGGAGUUUGCAGAAUUAAUUAAAGAAAAUUUUCAUGAUUGGGAGGAACUUGGGAAAGCUUUGGUUUUGAUGAAGGUUUGGGCGCGCCAAAGAAGUUCAAUAUACAGCUAUGAUUGUCUUAAUGGUUACCUAAUGGCUGUCAUAAUUUCCUAUCUUGCGGCGAAUAGGGUUGGCGGACACUUUAACAAGUCGAUGAAUGCGAUGCAAAUUUUUCGUGUCACUUUAGACUUCAUUGCUAAUUCUAAAUCAUGGGAGAAAGGCUUAGUUUUUAAGCCCCAAGGGAACCAACAUAUUCCAAAAGAGGAGUUGAAGGAAAGAAGGCAAUGUUUGCGGUCAUUUCCAGCUGUCAUAUGUGACAAUUCUGCAAAUUUCAAUUUGGCAUUCCGGAUAUCAAAGAGCAGCUUUCUUGAGCUACAAGCGGAGGCUGCUUUGACACUUGACUGUAUUAGAAAAUGUCAAGAUAAUGGAUUUGAAGAAGUUUUUCUGACUAAAUCUGAUUUUGCUGCCAAAUAUGACUAUUGUGUCAGGUUGAAGUUGAAGGGAAAUAGUGGCGUGUGUGCAUCAGGGUUUUGCAUGGACGAUGAAUGUUGGAGAUUGUAUGAGGAGAAGGUGCAUUCUCUUUUGUGCCAGGGUUUGAAUGACAGAGCAAAGUUCAUCCGUGUCAUCUGGCGAAACUGGUCCAGCAAUUGUCGUGUUGAAAAUGGGUUCUCAUCACUUGAUGAAGAACCAUUACUGAUUGGUGUGACUAUCAGCUCCACGGAAAAAGCUCUUAGAUUGGUUGAUAAAGGUCCUAAUCCUGAGCACAAGGAGGAGGUUGCCAAGUUUCGGAAGUUUUGGGGUGAAAAGUCGGAGUUCAGGAGAUUUAGUGAUGGCACCAUUGGAGAAUGUGUUGUGUGGGAAUACAAGCAGUGGGAGAAGCAUCUUAUUGUGAAAAGAAUUAUUGAGCAUGUAUUAUCACGUCAUCUUUCUCUGUCGGUAGAAAGUGUAGUUGUCAGUGCAGAUCAGCUGGAUUUUUCACUCUGUCAUAAUGGUGCAGAUCCUAUAUCAUCCAGUGGAGGCUUGCUAGAAGCAUAUGAAGUUUUAGCUAAGCACUUGCGCCUUUUGGAUGACAUUCCCUUGAGGGUAUCUAGCGUUCAACCCUUAGACUCAGCUUUCAGGCUUACUUCUGUUUUCCCUCCCGAGCCUCACCCUCUGGCUGGAGAAAAAGGCUUUAUAUCAAGAUCAGUGGCAACCUGUGUUCAGCCAGUGGAAGUUUUAAUUCAGUUGGAAGGAUCAGGAAAUUGGCCAAUGGAUGAAGUGGCCACUGAAAAAACUAAAUCUGCAUUCCUUCUAAAGAUUGGAGAAAGUCUUCAAAGUAAGGUGGGUGUGAGCUGCAUUGCUACUGAAGAUGAUGUUGAUGUAUUGCUUUCUGGAUAUGCUUUUCGGAUUAAAAUUUUACAUGAGAGGGGCCUGAGUUUGGUGAAAGGGCAGGGGCUUCAAGUCAAGCGAGUAUCUUCAAUAGAUAGGAAACUUUUCAUGCGAAGUCAGCAUUCAAGCAUGAUUAAUGGAUUGCAGGGGCGGUAUCCCUUUUAUGGUCCAGUGGUCAGGCUUGCGAAACGAUGGGCUGCUUCACACCUUUUUUCAGCUUGCUUGGGAAAUGAGACUAUUGAACUCUUGGUAGCUCAAUUGUUUCUGAAUCCCUCACCUUAUUUUGCUCCUAACUCGAGAAUUACGGGGUUUCUGAGGUUCUUGAGAUUGUUAUCUGAGUAUGAUUGGAAAUUUUCUCCAUUGAUCGUUGAUAUAAAUGGUGACUUGACUGCUGAUAACAUGAAAGAGAUCAAUGAGAAUUUUUUGUCAAGUAGAAAAUCUCAUGAAGGAAGUGCUGGUGAAGUAAGCCCUUCAAUAUUCUUGGCUACAACUUAUGAUAAGGAUUCUGAAGCAUGGACUGCCUCUUCACCAAAUUCUCCGGAGCUGAAAAGGUUGGUUGCCUAUGCUCGGAGCAGUGCUGAUCUGUUGACAAGACUAAUAGAGCAAGAUCAAUACGAUUCCCUUGGUUGGGAGCGUCUUUUCCGGACUCCUUUAAACAACUAUGAUGCAGUAGUUCUUCUGCACCGAGACAGAUUGGCAUAUCCGCAACGUCUCCUUUUCCCAUCCGAGGUUGAUCAAGGCACUUUUGUGGCCUGUGGAAAUUCUAGUAAAGAUUUCUCACCCAUCUUGAGGCCCAAGGAUGUGAAGGGAAGCUUGGAUGUAUGGAAGACGAAGUUAAUGGUGGACUUUGAUCCUCUACAAUGUUAUCUUGUGGAUCUGCAGGGCGGAUUCCCCAACGCAUUCAAUUUAUGGUAUGAUUCUUUGGGCGGUGAUGCUAUUGGCAUAACAUGGAAUAAAUUUGCCUCAAAGAAACGAGAUCGAGAGGAAGAUAGCAACAAUGUCAUUGAUAUCUUGAAAGGCGUUGGUGAAACCGGUAGAGGGUUUGUUAGGAGUAUACAUCUUCUCAAGGCUCCUAGGCUUUGUAAUUAGGGUACAUCUUUAUCUUGACUGUCUUGUAUUGCUAUUACUCCAGUCUGUCAUAUGAAGUAUGAUAAAAGUUUUGUAGUAAACAUUACUGCGUAAUCUUUAGGGUUAUCGCUUGCAAUUUCGUAAUGUGCCAAGGAAUGCUAUACUAGUUUUUAGGUCUCCCAAUCAGUUGCUGAAUUGUAUUGGCCGUGAGAAAUAGUGUAAUUCUUUUUAGUUUGAGAUGUAAAGUAGAGUUAUUUUUUCUUCUUCGCCAUCAGAAUAUUAGCUGACGAUCUGUUUUUGCGUACCUGCUCUUGAGGUCGAAUUGUCAUUGUUUUGUGAUUCAUCUGGACA